UCUCUUCUUGCUCCCUAUUGGGCUUAAGAGGUUCCUGUUUGGGGGCGGAGCCUUCAGGUGGGAGGAGAGAAGGGAUGCCUCCGAGUUGACCAGGAACCCAGGAGAGCAGGGCGCAGUGACCGCUUAUCUACUUUGCUUGGGGGAGGCAUGGCGAGAGUAGGCGGAUCAAUGGGUUUGCGCUGGUGCCUGGGAGCCCGCAGGCAUGCUUCCGGGAUGGACGGCUGCAGACGGGAGCGGGAAGGUCCUUAGCCCCUUGGAUAUUCUCAGUGCACGCCCCAUGAACCCACCACACAGCGCUGGACUUGUUCGUUCCCCGGAACUAGCAUUUUUAUUUAGAAAAGGAAUGCUGUUGGCCAAGAACUGUUGGGUCUCAUCUCUCUGAGCAGCAUGGCCCUCCUGCAGCCUCGAAGGACCUAUCGAGCAGCCCUUUGUACUGAGCUGACAAAGCCAUUGACUAUCAGGGACAUCCCAUCCGCUCCACUGCAACCGGAUGAGGUCAGAGUUCGUGUCCGUUGCUGUGGGUUAAAUUUUGCUGAUAUCCUGGCUUGCCAUGGUCUUUACCAAGAUAAGCAUCCCCUUCCAUUUACCCCAGGAAUGGAAUUUUCAGGGGAUGUGCUGGAAAUUGGUGCAGCCAUCAGCAGCAUGAAGAAGGGGGACCGUGUAAUUGGCCUGGCCAACAUCAAAGCUAUGGCUGAGGAGUACAUUGCUGAUCAAAAGCUGCUCUGGACAAUCCCACAGGGACUUUCUUACGAAGAUGCUGCAGCGCUGCCUAUCUCCUAUGGAACAGCCAUCUUGGCUCUUAAACACAGAGCCCAGACACAGCCAGGAGAGACUGUUCUGGUGACAGCUGCUGCUGGUGCCACAGGACUUGCAGUUGUGGAUGUUGCAACAAAUAUUCUAAAGGCAAAGGUAAUAGCAGCAGCAGGAAGUCAACAGAAAUGCCACUUGGCUCUCCAGAAGGGGGCUUCCCAGAGUGUGAAUUAUAGCUGGCUCAACCUGAGGGAGGAAGUGAAGAAGCUGACAGCUAGCAAAGGAGUCAACGUGGUCAUUGACACCAUCGGUGGGGACAUUUUCAAAGAGGCAUUGCACAGCCUUGCUUGGGAAGGCAGGAUUGUGGUGGUUGGUUUUGCUGGAGGAACUAUUCCUUCUAUCCCAGCCAACCUAUUGCUUCUGAAGAACAUCUCUGCCCUGGGACUGUACUGGGGCCGGUACCGGGAAGAGGAUUUCCCAGUCUGUUCUUCUGCACUCUCAUCUGUUCUUCAGUACUGCCAUGAGGGGCGAAUUCAACCUCACAUAGGAGCAGUAUUCAAACUAGAGGAGAUAAAUGAAGCCUUUGCACAUGUGAAGCAGCGUAGAUCUGUGGGAAAAGUGGUAAUCUCAGUUAGUUAAACUUACUCUUCUUGCGGAAACUUGCCCUUGCUCCAGUUGCAUCCUGCUGAAGAGAAAAAGGAUCACUGCCAUGAAAACCCCCAAUAAUUCAUCAAAAGUCCCAGGCUUUUUUAUUUAAUUUUAUUUUGGAUUAUGAAAGCAGACAGGUGCUGCUUGAACUUUGCUAUCCUGGCAAAGCUGUUUCCCCCCCCAACAUGGCUAUAGUUCCCACCAGAUAGGCAGAGGCAGGUCAGAAUCCAAGAUUUGUGAUGGUUUGUCCUUCUCUAGUCUGUCUUCUGUUUUCCUGCCAUUUUCAGAAAUAUUGAUGGAGCAGCAACGAUCUUGGCUAGUGUACAAAUCCUAGUGUGCAUCUCUCUGGCAGUAGAACAUACCCCUGGAAUACGUAAGCUCAGACCUUUGGCCUUGACAAAUUUUGCUGCUGUAGGCAAAUGUCUACUCUACCUCUCCAUUAAUCUGCCACUUCCCUUAUCUUAUCAGUGGGAUGCCCCAUGCCCUUGCAAAGCCUUGCAUUGUUGAGGUUGGGAGCUUCUCACGUGACCCUUGUAAGCCUCUGCUACAACUUUGUGUGAAGAGAGGUUGUCAGCAGCCCUUGAGUUGCUUCACCUGCAUUUCGGCCUCCCUCAUUCACGCUAUCCAUCCUUCUUCCUCUCUCCCGCUACUUGUUGCAUGGUGCAGAUUGUGCUCCCAGCACUGCUUCUGGUGGUGGGGCUCCAGGUGGCAUUCGCUGCAUUUAGCAGCACGCAAGUAAGAGAGGAAGGACAGAUGGAUGGAUGGCCUUGGAAUGUGGAUUAAGGAGAAGAGGCUUUUUCUAAUGGCCCUGCCCUCUGCAAGCCUUGAAAGGCAGCUGGGGUGAAAAGAGGUUGCCAGCAAGCUGCCGCCUCUUCCCAGCCUACCCACAGUUUAGGUGCUUCAGGUGGUGGAGCUGGGGGAGCAAGAUGAGGUGGCAUUUUGCACCUUGCCUCAGAUGUCCAACUAUCUUGGGCUGUCCCUCAUGUGUGGGGCACUUAUUGUCUUACUGCCAAUCUCAGUUUUUGUUUUAUGGAAAAGGGUAUGUAUCUAGCCUUCAAGAUGGUUAGGGGAAAUGAGCAGGUAUCUGGGCACUAUUUGCUAAAGGCUUGAAAUGAAAGUGUCUACAUUAGGCUUCCAUAUUUGUAGCACAGGCCUUGAAACAGCAUUCCACACACGUCUUUCUCUCUCUUUGAGGCUGUUCUCACAAGCAGGCAAGAUCAGAUUAGGGCAGCUAAGCCCAGGCUUGGCUGCCUGUGGGAACUGCCGGGAGCCGACUGGCUCCCAGUGGCAAACCUGCCUAAGGAGCCCGCCUCUUAAAUUAGAUCAAGGGAGGGAGCGAGUGCUCUCUUAACCCCGUUGAGCUGUUGGUCUGUCAGUGCCGGCUGCUUUCAGCUGGUGCUGAAAGACUGACAGGAGCCUGCCUGUUGCUGGGGGGAUCUCCACAAUGCAUUGCACACUCAUGUGGUGCACUUUGAGAUUUCUGGGGGCCAGGAUGACAUGUCUCGAAUCCCGCAGCUCCACACUGCCUAUAGCAGCUGCAAACCAUCUGGGCACAUGAUCUGCACACUCAGCAACUCCCUGUUGCUCAUUUGUGGGGAAGGUGAACUCCUGCCACGCGCCCUCAAGCCUGCUCAUUCAAUCCUAAAGGGCUCUUUUAUUCCCUUCCUAGGCCUUUUGAGUCAUUUCCUUGCAUACCCUUACACCCUCUUCAUCAAAUGGGUUUAUGUCUUUAGUAUCAGCUGAUUUUAGUGUCAGCUGCUUUGAUGUGCCUGGUUGGACAGAAAAAGCAAGAAAUCAAUUAUGAAAGUUAAAUAAUCCCUGCUUUCAAAUACUGCAAAAUACUCACAUCUUGUCAAAGAAAUAAAUUAGGAAAAUUA